AUGGAAAUGGAAAAACCACUCUCAGCCAUCAUAUUUCUCUGCUUUUUUACCCCUGCCAUUGCUUUGCUCUCACCCAAAGGUGUCAACUUUGAAGUGCUAGCUUUGAUGGGCUUAAAAUCUGAACUAAGGGAUCCUCAUGGGGUGCUUGAUAAUUGGGAUGCAAAUGCAGUUGAUCCAUGUAGCUGGGCUAUGAUUACUUGUUCCAGUGAUAAUGUUGUUAGUGGCAUAGGAGCUCCUAGUCAGAAUUUGUCAGGCUCUUUAUCUCCAAGUAUUGGGAAUUUGACAAAUCUUCAGUUUAUAUUAUUACAGAACAAUAACAUAACAGGAACAAUCCCAGCUUCAAUUGGAAACCUAGUAAAUCUCAAAACAAUUGAUCUAUCAGACAAUCUCUUCACUGGCAGCCUCCCUAGCACUUUAGGACAAUUGAAAACUCUUCAGUAUAUGAGGCUCAACAACAACAGUCUCUCUGGAGGGAUUCCAAUGUCACUAACUGACUUGACAGAACUUUCUCUUAUGGAUUUGUCUUACAACAACUUGUCUGGCCCGGUGCCUAAGUUCCCUGCCAAGACAUUCAAUCUUAUUGGAAACCCGAUGAUAUGCCUCACGGGAUCCGAGGCGCCGUGUGCCGGCAGCGUGACAUUGAUGCCGACAUCGAUGAAUAUGAAUACCUCACAAUCUACUCUUGCUUCAACCAAAUCAAAACGUCGCAAUCUUGGAAUCGCAAUUGGGUCGAGCCUUGGUUGCAUUUGUCUACUUAUCUUUGUAUUCGGACUUUUCUUGUGGAGAAGAUAUAGACACGACCAGCAAAAGUUCUUCGAUGUUUAUGACCGUCAACACGAGGAAAUCUCGCUCGGGAACUUGAGGAGGUUCCAACUGAGGGAGCUUCAAAUCGCAACAAACAACUUCAGCUCGAAGAACAUUUUAGGAAAGGGCGGUUAUGGUAAUGUGUACAAGGGCCACCUGUCAGACGGCACGGCCGUGGCCGUGAAGCGGCUCAAGGACGGCAGCACGGCCUGCGGUGAGCGGCAGUUCCAAACCGAGGUCGAGAUGAUUAGCUUAGCUGUCCACCGUAACCUCCUAAGGCUGUACGGUUUUUGCAUGACGGCCCACGAGAAGCUUCUCGUGUACCCUUACAUGGCCAAUGGCAGCGUUGCGGCACGUCUCAAAGCGAAACCAGUACUGGGGUGGCCCGCGAGAAAGCGGAUUGCAUUGGGGGCUGCAAGAGGAUUGUUAUACCUGCACGAGCAAUGCGACCCGAAGAUAAUCCACAGGGACGUGAAGGCGGCGAAUAUUCUGCUCGACGAGUAUUGCGAGGCUGUGGUGGGUGAUUUUGGGCUGGCGAAGCUUCUGGACCACCAAGACUCACACGUCACGACAGCUGUAAGGGGCACUGUGGGCCACAUCGCGCCCGAGUAUCUCUCCACGGGCCAGUCGUCUGAGAAGACUGACGUAUUCGGGUUCGGGAUUCUCCUCCUCGAGCUAAUCACGGGACAAAGGGCAUUACAAUUUGGAAAAUCGGCUAAUCAGAAGGGGGCCGUUCUUGAUUGGGUGAAGACGCUACACCAAGAGAAGAAAAUCGACGAUAUUGUGGACAAGGACUUGAAGAACAACUUUGACCGGAUCGAGGUGGAGGAGAUGGUCCAAGUGGCUCUUUUGUGCACUCAAUAUCUUCCCGGGACGAGGCCGAAAAUGUCCGAGGUGGUUCGCAUGCUCGAAGGGGACGGUCUUGCCGAGAGAUGGGAGGCUUCGCAGAGAUUAGAUUCUCACAAGUUCAAGACGCAAGAGCUUUCCUUGUCCGAACGGUAUUCGGACCUCACGGAUGAUUCUUCGUUACUUGCUCAAGCAAUCGAACUAUCCGGUCCUAGGUGA